GUUCUUAACUUGCAGACAACAACCCGUUGGAGCCGGAUUUGGAUCCCGCCGAAUCGAAAGCAUGAUACGAAUGAGGAGCAUGUGGGGAAUACCUGGGUCUGACGAGACUGCACCUUUACAUGUACUCCCGGUGGUCCCGGGCCCCUCCAUGUUUUCACUACAACCCUAGGCCAAGACGGUCCGCAGCGCCCGAACGUUCUCACUGUCCUUGACUUCAUCUCCUCUACCGCGGUGGCAUAAUCUACAACUACCCAAGUCACAGUACCUGUCUGUUGCUUGCUGCCCGCCAUGUCCCAGGAGGCAUCCAUGUUCUCGGCUGCCGACGUUGCCGUCACCUACAGUCACUCCCUCGGCCACGAUCUGCCUGUCGAAGAACUCCGGCUCCCCGAGGACUUCGGCUGGGGGGCCGCCACGGCAGCCUACCAGAUCGAGGGGGCCGCGUCGCAAGAUGGGAAGGGCAAGUCCGUCUGGGACACGUACUCGCACCUUCAGCCGUCCCGCACCAACGGCCAGCACGCCGACGUCAGCUGCGAUCACUACAACCGCAUGCCCGAAGACGUGGACCUGAUGGCUUCCCUCGGCAUUGAAGUGUACCGCUUCUCCAUCUCGUGGUCUCGCGUCAUCCCCCUUGGAGGACGCAAUGACCCCGUUAACGAAAAGGGCCUCGCCUUCUACAACGACCUCAUCAACCGUCUUGUUGCCCGCGGCAUUAAGCCCGUAGUCACGCUGUACCACUGGGACACGCCACAGGCCCUGUACGACCGCUACGGCGGCCUGCUCGACACGGCCGAGUUCCGCGCCGACUUUGCGCGAUAUGCGCGACUGUGCUUUACCCAGUUUGGCGACCGCGUCCGGAAAUGGGUGACGUUCAACGAGCCGUACAUCACAUCCAUCUUUGCCCAUCUCAACGGCACGCUGGCGCCAGGCCACUGCCGCGAAGCUGGCACCGACACGAAGACGGAGCCGUGGCGCGUCGGCCACACCAUCCUGCUGUCCCACACCGAUGUCGUGCUCAUGUACGCCUGCGAGUUCCAGCCGUCGCAGAAGGGCGACAUCUCCAUCGUGCUAAACGGCCACUUCUACGAGCCCUUCGACGCCGGUAGCCCCGCUGACCGCGCCGCCGCCAAGCGCCGCAUGGUGUUUUACAUCGGCUGGUUCGGCGACCCGGUGUUCCUGGGCAGGGACUACCCCGCCGAGAUGCGCUCCUAUCUCGGCUCGCGGCUGCCCGAGUUCAUGCCUGAGGAGCGUGACCUCCUCCGGCAGGCCGCCCCGCUCAACGCCUUCUACGGCAUGAACCACUACUCGACCAAGUACGCUCGGAAGCUGAGCGAGCCGCCGGCCGAGGACGACUGGACGGGUAAUAUUGAGGAAUCGUCGGUCAAUAGCGAAGGAAAGGAGGUCGGUCCGGCCUCGGCAAUGGGCUGGUUGCGUGUGGCGCCAGAAGGGUUCCGGAAGCUCCUCGGUUGGGUUUGGGAACGGUACCAUGUGCCCAUCAUCGUCACCGAAAAUGGCUGCCCGUGUGUUGGAGAGGACGACCUGGCGACGGCAGUCGACGACAAGUUCCGCCAGCGGUAUCUUGGUCUGUAUCUCGACGCCAUUUCCCGGGCCAUUUACGAAGAUGGGGUUGCGGUUAAGGGGUACUAUGUGUGGAGCUUGAUGGACAACUACGAAUGGUCUGCUGGUUAUGGGCCCCGCUACGGAAUAGUUCAUGUGGACUACGAAACGCUGAAGAGGACGCCUAAGAACUCGGCGUUGUACCUCAGGGACACCUUCAAGAGGCGCAGGGGAGUCUCUUCGUGAUGGUGUUAGUAUGGCGGGGAAUGAGUACCGUACAUUCAAGCUCCAGAUACCAGUGUCCUAGAUACAACUGCAUACUACCUCAGGAGAACCGCAAACUUCAAUGCUGUAAUCGGAUCAGUGCCCUGUCAUAAUCAGAGGCAAGCCAACACCUGUCAUCUGCCGCGUGCUUCAAAGUUCCGGUGAGACCGUCGCUGGAGCCAAGGUCAAGGAAUGAACAGUAAACUUUCGGUGCGCCCACGUGCAAAUUCCCGAACUCUCACCUCAUCUCGGCAUGGCAUGGCCACAUGAUCCCGACUGUCGGUGUAUUGCAUGUGCAGACACCGAGCUACUAGGCCUGAGAACAUAUCCAAGGCAUGUACUAAUGGCAAUUCGGUAUGACUUGUCCCGGGAAAACUGUCUUGCUCUCGCCUCCCCCUCCAAAUUCUCUCCCCCCACCUGUGUUGCUGUGGUCGUCGG